CUUCGCCUUUGACUGUGGCGUCAUCCUGUCCAGUUUUACUGCGCCACGAUUGCGGUCGCUCGAAGUCUUAUUAAUGAGCGGGGAAGAAGAAGGACUGCCUACAACCCUCACAGCGGCGUGCGCCUCGAACCUUGCCAGCAUUCGGGAGCUCUCCCUGCUGGGAAGAUUGCGCGCCGUUAUCCUGCAAAGCAUCCUGCGCGCAACGCCAUUCACGACAUCGCUCAGUCUCGCGUUCAAAGACCGGCAGCACUCUGCAUUCACACACGUCGACUUCCUGCGAGUCAGCGAGGCUACUCCCCUGGACCGGAUCUACGUACCGGCUCUCGAGAUGCUCAGGAUCGACCAUCAGAUGUUCUGGGUCGACCCGCUUGUUCAGCUCGUUCAGAGCAGGAAGAACGUUCCGGUUGUGGCGGAUCUCAAGAUGAUUGGAGUCCCGAUGGAGUUUGCGGUGGACAAUGCGCAGCUGCUUCAGCCGCUGCGAGACCUUGCUGUGGAAGUUGUGGGCUGGGAGCCUGGAUCUGUUCCUUAUUUCUUGGACAAACGAAGACGUAUCUGAUCAAAAUAAACAAUCGUAAAAGAGCGCGUAUAGCUCGCGACACAUGUCUUGUAAAUCCUUGGUGUAUCCCUGUAUUGCUCGUUGCUUGUUGUAUGGGUUUGACGGUUCGAUCUCCC